UUUUACCAGGAAAUCGUCAUACAUUAGGGUUGCAGGUAGAUUUCAAUUAGGCUAAAUGUAAUGAAAAAGAUUAUAGGCAGUCAUACCGAAUACUGUGCCAAAUAUUAAAAGCUUUGCAAAUCGCUACUGAUUUGUUUGUGUUUGGUAUUAUCGGUGUGCAUAGUAAUCCCAUAAGCGUCACGUGCAGAAGCUAGGUACCCUCUGCUGUCUUGCUGGCACUAAUGUUACAAACCUACUUGCCGAUAAGCUGGGCCUAAGAUGCAGAGAAAAGGAUGUUCUAAUAUAUUACCAAAUAUACAGAAAUUGAUGAUUCAAAACAGAAUACGAUGCUUGAGAGAAAUGAUAAAACAAAGUGGGGCCAUAUGAUUUGGAUCAGUUGUGGUUUUGUCACCAAAAACCAGUGACCCUGGUAAACUAUGGGUUUGAAAAAUUUACCUCCCGAACUGGAGGAGCAUAUAUUGGCUCACUUAGAUGGCAGCACAUUCUCCAGAGCCAAGACAGUCUGUAAACGGUGGCAUCAUCUUGUGGAUAAUGUCCAAAAGACCACUAAUUUCUGGUUUCGAAGGUGCAUGGUCGAAAUCCAGCACAAAGUUUUAAUAGACAUUACAGGAGGUGCUGAGAUUCUAGACACCAUGUUAGACCAAGAGAAGAAGUCGUCCUCAGUGGAGGGAUGUCCCAGACAUUGGGAAUACUGGAGGAAAGUUUACUGUGUAUGGUACAGGAGUAGACACAUAGGGACAUGGCAGCCCGUGAUGGAAGAGAUGCCACAUGAUGGGGAUGCUCUCAUGUUGUACCAGGUGAACUGCCUCAGGAUAGCAGGAGAUGCUGUGCUCUAUGGCUGUAGUGAUGGCAGUAUAAGAUGUUAUAAUCUCUUCAGUAAAAGGUGUGCCUUGAUGUCCAGAAAUGUCAGACUUCUGAGGCCAGAGGUCAAGGACAUGAAGCUUAUCAACUCACCAGUGCUAGGAUCUGAUGAAGAGAGUGAUACUGACCAGUGGUCAUUUUCCAGUGACCUCUUCCAUUCCCACUAUCUCAUCUCAGGGGGCAGUGAUGCCUUGGUCAGUCUCAUUGACCUGUCUCCUAAUAACUGGAUGAGAGAAGAAAUCCAUGCCAGUUCUUACUCUUCACCAAUACAAUCUAUCAGUUUGUGGAGAAACCAAAUUGUCACUGCCUCAGAAGAUCACACCCUGAAUGGCCAUGCAGUGCUAGAGGUGACAUCUGGUGGCAAGUUGAAGAAAGUAUCCAGUUUACAUGGCCACAUGGAGGUGCCUAUGUGCAUUGCAGUAUGGGAAAACAAGGUGCUCUCAGGGGGUUAUGACCAAAUGUUGCUCCGUUGGACAGUGGACAGUUCAGCUCAGGGACAUAAUGAUGACUGCACUAUGGUGUGGGAGUUUGACAGCUGGAUAGCAAAGCUCAUCUACAGGGAUACACUAAUUAUUGUGUUAACAGGGGACCACAUACUACACGUCAGCAUUGAUGAUGGCGCCUGCUUUUCCAGCUGGAAUGUGAUGGAGGCUCUCGGCUCCACAGCUUGUGUGAUGUCACUGUGGGGAAAUGUAUUUGCAUUAGGGACUGCUGUAGGGCAUGUUCACUUGUUCUACAUAGAGGAUGACCAAGAUUUCCUGCAGCUGGACCUUACCCAGGCUACCUCAGUGGUCAAGACAGGCUACAGUAACAUCAGUGCACUGGACUUUGGUGACAAUGGGUUUGGACCUUGUGCUGUCAUAGCAACAGAUACGGGUAGAAAACUGAAAGUUGUGCAUUGGGUCUCCACACACUUAUCAUGAUAAUUGUCUUAAGGGUUCGUGCAAUUUAGUUCUUCAUAUUAGGAGAUUUAUUUUCAUUUUUGUGAUAUUUUAUGUCAGCCUGAAUGUUGAAAAUGAAGUAGAAGACGAGAUGUUUUAUGGAGCUGGAUGUUUGCUCUUAUAUUUUAUUUUUAAGCAAUUAAAACGUGGCAUUGCACACAAAAGUGUGAUAAAAGACAAGAAAGAAAAUGUCACACAUUCAUGAAUUCAUUCCUGUUCAUUUUUAAUUACAAUUUCAGAAUGAAAACUGUCAGGUGUUCUUUGAUUUAUACAGUGUACUGGGUCUAUCAACAUUUUCUGUGAUUGGGUACAUUUUAACUUAGUAUUUUCUGUUUAUUUGUUAAAAUACAUUUCAUGCAUUUUGAAUUAUCUAUCCAACAAUGAUAAUGCUUAUCAAAGAUCACUGUCUUGUCUGAACCAAAAUGAUUUAACAUGUUGUAAGUUAGAAGCAGUUUUACCUAAGUAUGAAACUGUAGACUGACAUUUUCACAGUUUUAUGUAUUCCAGCUUAGACAAGACAAGCUUACUUUUUGUUCUCUCAGGAGGUUACUUGACCUUAGUUUAUUUUAUGAAAUAAAGGCAAAUAAUCUUAUUUGCUUGCAUAGUUGUAA